ACACGUGUUCGCCAUAGGGAAAGGGGUGCAACUGUGCAAGUGGGAUUUAAUUUGGCCUUUCCCCGUCGACCAAAGUCAAUCCCGGCGGCGUCGCUUAUAUUAAUACCACCACCAACUCCUCUCUCUCGCCACCAUUGACGAAAACCCAUCUGUCUAUUCCCCAACGCUUAUCAACCCAACAAACGAUGACGUACUCCGGCGACUUUUUCCAGGUCCCGGACGUGCCCCCGGGAUCCGACCAGUUGGGCGGCGGCGGCGACGCGCGCGUCCCGCUGCGGAACCUCUCGACCGUCCGAUCGAGGAUGGACUCUCUCCAGCGGUUUUUAUCGGAGUCUGUUAACAGUAAUACUCUGAUCGGAAAAAGUGAGAUGGAUAUGGUGUCGGCGGAGAUCUCUGCUGCGAUCCACCAGAUCAUCGUCAACGGGGCCGCCCUCCUUGCCUGCACUCAGCAAACGGGAAAACCCGACCCGAGCGGUUCCAGUUUGGAAAGGCCGGUUUUGGUGGGCGAUGCUGGGGGAGAUCUGAAAUUCGUAGACCCAACGAGUAUGAACAGUGGGGAAAAUGUGGUGAACUUGAAGGUCAAGGACGAAGAUAUGAAGGAUGAGGAGAUUCCGACUGCGAUUGAGGACUGGGACAUCGUAGAGCUCGAUGCGGUGGAGCUGCUAGCAGAACACAUCCAUUUCUGUGAUAUCUGCGGGAAAGGAUUUAAGCGCGAUGCCAAUCUCCGUAUGCACAUGCGUGCCCACGGGAACCAGUUCAAAACCCCAGAGGCUUUGGCAAAACCCGAGAGGUCGGAUUCAAUGGUCCACCGGAAGAAGGGGACUCGGUUUUCCUGCCCGUUUUCAGGGUGCAAUCGGAACAAAUCGCACAGGAAGUUUCGGCCUCUGAAAUCAGCAAUAUGCGUUAAAAACCACUUCAAGAGGAGCCAUUGUCCGAAGAUGUAUGCCUGUGAUAGGUGUAAUAAGAAGAACUUCUCGGUGGUUGCGGAUUUGAAGAGUCACUUGAAGCACUGCGGCGAGUCCAAGUGGAAGUGCUCGUGUGGGACUAGUUUUUCCCGAAAAGACAAAUUGUUUGGGCACAUGGCGCUUUUCGAAGGUCACAUGCCAACAAUGGCGGCAGAGGUGGAGGAGGAGAAGGGGAAUGCCACCGGAGUGGCAGAUGAGGUGGUCAUGGUGGAUGAUGAUGAAGAAGAAGAAGAAGAUGAUGAGGAUUUGAUUGGGAAGGGGGCAGAGAGAGGGGAUGUAUGUUUGGAUAAUGGGUUUUUUGAUGGGUUCCUUGAUGGGUUUGGUUCGAUUGAGGGAUAUUGUUUACAAGAUGUACUGCAAUCUCCUACUGGAUUUGGCAGUGCAGGGAAUGAGUUCUUUAACUUUUGACCCAGUUCUCGACUCGGGUAUAUUUCUUGUUUGAUCUAUAUCUGAUGGUUUCAAAGGUAUGUACAUUAGCAUAUGUAUUCUUUGUACUAAUAAAACUAAGUUCUCUCAAAUCUCAAUGUCGAGAGUUCUUUUUUUUUUUUCCCUUUUUUCUUCACUCUCCCUGUUGUAGUUGCUACUGUGGUCUUUUUGCUGAUCAAGUUUUGCAAUAAAGGCCAGAUUAUUGA